AUGCCCGCCCGCCGCCCGCGGAGAGCGCCGGGCUCCGACCAGCGGCCGGCUCCCAACUUGGGCGGCUGGGGCCGUACGGCUCCGCUCCCGCCGGCGACAGAGCCCCGCAGGGCGCGUCUGACGGGCGAGCGCUCCCGCGGCCGCCCGGCCCGCUGCGUCAAGCCCCGCCGCCCGCCUCGCGGCCCCGACGGCUCAGGCUCUCCCCGGCCCCGCGCCCCUGCCCCGACCCCGGCUCCGGCCCCGCGCCCCGGCCCCGCGCCUACCUUGAGCCAGCGCCCGGAGCAAGUGCAGCUGCAGCGCCAGGAGCGCCCACCAUCCGCGCCUCCGGCCCGCGCUCAACUUUGUCGCCGGCCGCCCGCCGCGCUCCCCCGCGUCCCGGCUGGGGCUCUCGGGCGCCGCGCGGGCUCCGCGGGGCCGCCGCCGCCGCUCGGGGCCGGGCGAGGACCCCCGCGGCCGCCCCGGGCCCGCCGCGCCGCCGCCGCCCCGGGCCAUGCUGAGGAGGAGCCGCCGCCGCCCGCGCCCGGCCUCGGGCCCCGCGAGCGGGACGGGCGGGCGCGCCCCCGCAGCCGGAGCGCCCCGGCCGCGCCGCGUCUCCCGGAGGGUCCGGCGGGCGCUGAGGAGGAGGAGACGUCGCCGCCGCCGCCGCCCCCGCCCGGCGCUGAGGAGAAAGUGCGCCCGCCCGCGCGCCGGCGCUCGCCCUCCGCCGCCGCCGCGCCCCAUUCACAGCCCGGCCGCACGCGCCGCCCGCCCGCGCCCGCCGCAGCCGCUGAUUGGCCGCAGGGAGGCGGCUCGCGGGCCUCGCGCCCCGCCCCCACGCCCUCGCUGAUUUUCAAACUCGGCGCGCCCGCCCGCCUGGAAUUUCGCGCCGGGCCUCCGGCUCGCCUCGGCGGCUUUCCGCGCCGGCUGCGCCCCCUAGGGACGCGCGGAGCGUACUGCAGGCCGCCGCUGUCUCGGCAAGCGCUGGGCGGACUGCUCGGGCGGGGGCUGAGCGGGCCGCACGGGUGGGGGCGGGGGCGGGGGCGGGGGCGGCGCGGGCCUCGCCCGACUUGGGGCGUGAGGUCUCGCAGGUGGGCUGGCGCACGUGCCGCAGAGGAGCAAGUGGGCCAGGCGGCGGAGCCUCUGGCGGGUGCAGGUGGGCGCGCCCCUCCGGGAGCCUCCAGCCCGCCCUCCUCUAGCCGGCCCUCCGCUCCCCGCCCCUGCCCCGGGAUCCGCCCGCUCCGGCCCCAGGGUGGGUGUUCGAGCGGUUAA